CGAGGUCAAAGCGAGUUGAUUCCUCUCAUCAAGGCAUCUGGAUGCGACAUGAAUGUGAGCUUGGGAGAUGGGAGGACUGGGCUGCACGUAGCAGCCAUGCUGGGUAUGGAGGGGAGCGUGAAAGAGCUUUUGAUGGCAGGAAUUGAGGUGACGGCGAAGGACAAGAAGGGCAAGACAUGCGCGUAUUGGGCAUGCGAGUAUGGUCAUCUCGAAGUUCUCAAAUGUCUGGAAUACCAUUGUAGCCCUGAAGUUCUCAGCUUGCUGGUUAGAGCCAGAACGGAUGAUGGAAGGACCUGCGCGCAUGCAGCAUCUGAAGGCGGACACUUGGAGAUUCUAGAGUACUUGAAGGAGACGUUCGGGGAAGACGUACUGAGAGAAUCAAGAAAUGAUGGAGGAACAUGCGCGCAUGCUGCGAGCCAGGAAGGGCGCUUACAAGUGCUGAAUUACCUCAAGGAAACGUACGUACUGAGAGAGAAGAAGGGCGACGGGGGUACAUGUGCACACUCAGCAAGCCUUAGGGGGCACUUGGAGGUGCUCAAGUACCUGAAGGAGACAUGCGGGGAGGACAUGCUGCGAGAGAAGCGCGAUGCUGGCUGGACAUGCGCACACUCGGCAAGCCAGGAAGGGCACUUGGAGGUGCUCAAGUACCUCAAGGAGACAUGCGGGGAGGAGAUACUAAGAGCAAAACGCGAUGACGGGUGGACGUGUGCCCAUUCAGCAAGUUUGAAGGGACAUCUGGAGAUUUUGCAAUAUCUCAAGGAGACAUGCGGAGAGGUGGUGCUCAGAGAAUCGAGGAGCGAUGGUAUCACCUGUUCACAUUGGGCAUGCCAGGCUGGACGAUUGCAAGUUGUCAUGUACUUGAAGGAGACAUGCGGGGAGGACAUUCUCAGACAGAAGGCAAACAAUGGCUGGACAUGCGCGCAUGCGGCAGGCCUCAGAGGGCACUUGGAGGUGCUCAAGUACCUUAAGGAGACAUGCGGGGAGGAGAUACUAAGAGAGAAGAAGGCAGACGGAGGGACAUGCGUUCACGAGGCCAGCGCUUGUGGGCACUUGGAGGUGCUCAAGUACCUUGAGGAGACAUGCGGGGAGGAGAUGCUAAGAGAGAAGAAGAACGACGGGGAUACAUGUGCACACGCUGCAAGCGAGGAAGGGCACUUGGAGGUGCUCAAGUACCUGAAAGAUUCUUGCGGGGAGGAGAUACUCAAGCAGAAGAGGGACGACGGCGCGACAUGCGCACAUGCUGCGAGCGAGGAAGGGCAGUUGGAGGUGCUCAAGUACCUUAAGGCGACAUGCGGGGAGGAGCUACUCAUGGAGAAGAAGAACGACGGGGGAACAUGUGCGCUU